UUGAUGGAGCUGAGCUUCAGCACAGUGGGGACGUGGAACACACAGCUCCCCUACUAGCCGGGAGACCCGCUACCUGCUAGUUGGCUAGCCCUCUGCCAGCACUACAGACCCGAGACGAAAUAGAGCAAAACGAUUGAUUAAAGUUUUGGACCCGUGCUUGCCGCAUCCGUUAUAGUGAAUGCGAGAGCAGGGAGCAGGCUGACAGGAUGAAGCUGAAAGAGAUCACCCGCACAGCUAUCCAGGCCUGGAGCCCAGCCCAACAGCACCCAAUCUACCUGGCCACAGGCACCUCUGCCCAGCAGCUAGAUGCCAGCUUCAGCACCAGUGCGUCCCUGGAGAUCUUCCAGCUGGAUCUGGCCGACCCAUCACUCGAUAUGAAGACCAGCGGCACACACACAACGCCACACAGGUAUCAUAAGAUGGUGUGGGGGCCGCACGGCGUGGGCUCGGACGGGCUGCCGUCGGGCGUGCUCAUCACGGGCGGCGAGAACGGCAACAUCAUCCUGUACGACGCGGCCAAGAUCAUGGCCGGCAGCAGCGACGUGGUGAUCGACCAGAGCAGCAAGCACACCGGCCCCGUCAAGGGACUCGACGUCAACAACUUCCAGUCCAACCUGUUUGCGUCGGGAGGAAACGAGUCGGAGAUCUACAUCUGGGACCUCAACUCCUUCAGCACCCCCAUGACACCAGGACCCAAAACACAGCCCCUGGAGGACGUGAGCUGCGUGGCGUGGAACUGUCAGGUUCAGCACAUCCUGGCGUCCGCGAGCCCCAGCGGCCGAGCGUCCAUCUGGGACCUGCGCAAGAACGACCUCAUCAUCAAAGUCAGCGACCACAGCAACAGGAUGCAUUGUUCGGGGCUGGCCUGGCACCCGGAGGUGGCGACCCAGCUGGUGGUGGCGUCGGAGGACGACCGCAUGCCCGUCAUCCAGAUGUGGGACCUGCGCUUCGCCACCUCGCCCCUCAAAGUGCUCGAGAACCACACCAGAGGUGUGUUGGCUAUCGCCUGGAGCCUGGCGGAUCCAGAGCUGCUGCUGAGCUGCGGCAAAGACAACCGCAUCCUGUGCUGGAACCCCAACACAGCAGAGGUUCUGUAUGAGCUGCCUACGAGUACGCAGUGGUGCUUUGACAUCCAGUGGUGCCCCAGGAACCCAGCGGUGCUCUCGGCCGCCUCCUUUGACGGCCACAUCAGCAUCUACUCCAUCAUGGGCGGGGGCAACGACGCCGUCAGCACCAAGCAAGCAGACUCGAUAAGCACGUCGUUCGGUAACAUGGAUCCGUUUGGGACGGGCCAAGCGCUGCCCCCUCUGCAGAUCCCUCAGGCCGCCCCCACCAACGCCACCUUCACCCCCCUCAAGAAACCCCCCAAGUGGAUCCGCAGACCCGUGGGGGCCUCGUUUGCAUUUGGUGGCAAGCUGGUGUCGUUGGAGAACGGCAAGCCUCCAGCGCAGCAGCAGCAGCAGCCAUCAGCACCACCACGCGUGGUGCACGUCAGCCAGGUCGUCACGGAGACAGACUUUCUGGAACGCUCCGCCCAUCUGCAGGCCACACUAAGCGCCGGCACCUUCGCCGAGUUCUGCCAGGCCAAGAUCGAGGCAGCGCCCAGCGAGUUCGAGAAGGCUGUCUGGUCCUUCCUGAAGGUGAACUUUGAGGAUGACAGCAGGGGAAAGUACCUGGACUUGCUGGGGUAUAAAAAAGAGGAGCUGGCAUUGAAGAUUGCAGAAGCUCUUGAGAAGAAAGAGUCUCAGCCAGAAGAGGCAGCACCUGAGCCUGUAGAGUGCCUAGACUCUCAGCCCGAUCCAGAACCAGAGCCUGAACCAGAACCCCAGCCCGAGGCAGAACCAGCUCCCCCACAGCCCGAGUCCGAGCCCAUUCCACCAGUCAUGGCUGCAUUCGACUUCCCAGCAGACUCCUUCUCUGUUUCUGAGCCUUUUGUGAUGAAUCAGCUCCAUCAACCCGAGGUGGUGCCUGAACCCCUGCCAGAGCAGCCAGCAGCAGCGAACUUGACCGGCUUUGUACCUGAACCAGAACUUGUACCUCAGCCUCCUUCCGUGGUGGCGGACCCUGUUACGCUACCAGAAGUUCAGGCAGAGCUCGCACCUGAACCUGAAGCUCAAGUGGAAUGUAGGACAGAAGUUCUGGAAUCGCCGACGGCACCGGCGGAAUUGCAGCUCACACCAGAGCCACAGGCACAAGAAGAAGUCUCAACCGAACCUCAAGUAGCAGAUGUCGUUCCUGAAGCUCCGAUUGUACAUGCAGAUGUCCAGCCAGUAGAACCACCACCUUCAGUUGAAACGUCUCCACCCCAAGCAGGACCUGUGGAACCAGCUCCUCAAGCAGCUCCUCUAGAACAGACUUUUGUACCGGCUCCUCUGGAAGCAUUCUCUGCAGCAGCAGUUCCGGAAGCAUUCGCCACAGCAGCAAUUCCGGAAGCAUUCGCUACAGCAGCAAUUCCGGAAGCAUUCGCCACAGCAGCGGUUCCAGAAGCAUUCUCCACAGCUGCAAUUCCGGAAGCAUUCGCUACAGCAGCGGUUCCAGAAGCAUUCUCUGCAGCAGCAAUUCCAGAAGCAUUUGCUACAGCAGCAGUUCCAGAAGCAUUCUCUGCAGCAGCGGUUCCAGAAGCAUUCUCUGCUCUUCCAGAUCCCUCCCUUCAAGCCUUCAAUCAAACCCUGGACCCCACCUUACAGACGAUUCCACUGGACUCCUUCCCCACACUCCCAGGUCAGCUGAUGCCUCAGACAUUGCCGCCAGUAGAUCUCCAGGGCUCUGUGCCAGUGCUUGCACCCCCCACUGAUAUGAUGCAGCCUGUGUCUUUAUUCACCCCUCCCACGGGACUACAGCAAUCUGUCCCUUUAUUUGCACCACCUACAUUAGUCGGGUCUCUGGCUCCAGCGCCACCAUUUGGUGCCCUACCAGGUCAGCAGCCCCCCUCUGUGGACCCUGGGCUGUUCUUCACCCCUGGCCCCUUGGAGGCAGCUGCUGCUCCUCCACCAGUUGCUCAAAACUUUGGCCUGGCUGCCCCGUUCAGUGACCCAUUUGCCCAGGUCUUGCCACCAGGGUCUCAGCCUCCUCCGAGAGGUGUAUGUGCACUGCAAGGUGGUGGCCCGCCGCCUGUGCUUGACGUUGGUGCAAGCCUCAUCUUACCGCCUUCACCUGCUGCUGGUGUACCUGCACCUGUACCUCAAUUCAUACCUGUACCUGAACCUGUGCCCGGUGUGAACAUGCCACCUUUACCUCAGCCUGUACCUCCUCCCACCACUGGCAUACCACCUCUACCCAACGCUAUUCCUACUGUUGACACAACACCUCUCCUCGCCAUCCCAGACCCCACCACACUACCUGUUGGCUUGCCACCUGUGAUUCCUGUACCCGAGUGCAUACGUGGUAUAGGCCUGUCAUCUCCACCUGAAGUGCCUGUAGCUGACCCGUGUGCUCCAGUGCCCCUGCAGCCACCGGUGCCCAGCCUUGUGCCAGAGGUUCCAGUCAUGCAGGCACCUGUUUCUGAACCAGAGGCCGCUCCUGUACCUGGUCCUGGUCCCGUACCUGUGCCUGGACCUGAGGCUGUGCAGGAUCCACUUGGGGGGGAACUGCAGGUGGCAGGCGCCCCGGCCCCCUCAGCGGAGGACGGAACCCUGCAGGAGGUGGCACAAGAGGCGGCGCCAGGGGCUUGGGAGGUUGAGGAGGACUUGGAGCUAGAACCUGAACUGGAAAUGGUUCCGGAACCGGAACCUGAGCCUCAACCGGUACUGGAGGCCGCAGUGGAUCCAGAGAUGGAGAUGGAGAAAGAGGAAGAAGUGGAUGAAGAUCCUGAUGUUCUGGUGGAGGAAACCAUGGAGGAGGACCCUGAGGAGGAGGAGGAGGCGGAGGCGGAGGCGGCAACCAUGGAACUUCCAGAAGCUGCUGCAGCGGAACCGGAACCUGCAGCACCUGCUGUAGAACCCGCUGCGCCUGCUGCGGAACCCCUUGCAGCUGCUGUGGAACCCCCUGCGGCUGCUGCCCCUGCUGCCCCUCCCGCUGCUCCAGAACCGGUCCUCAAAGUCAGCAAAGAUAUAGAUGGCCUCAUCACUCAGGCGUUGCUCACUGGCGACUUUGCGAGUGCCGUGGAGCUCUGUAUCCAUGACAACCGGAUGGCGGACAGCAUCAUCCUGGCCAUCGCGGGCGGCCCAGAGCUCCUGGAGAGGACGCAGAAGAAGUACUUCCUGAAGACCCAGACCAAAAUCACCAAGUUGAUCAGUGCGGUGGUGAUGUCGGACUGGCUGGAUAUUCUGGAGACCUGCGACCUGCACAGCUGGAGGGAGGCUCUGGCAGCGGUCAUGACUUACGCCAAGCCCGAGGAGUUCGCAUCUCUAUGUGGUCUGCUGGGCUCCAGACUGGAGCAGGCGGAGGAGGUGGCUCUGCAGGCCCAGGCCUGCCUGUGCUACAUCUGUGCGGGCAGCCUGGAGAAGCUGGUGUCCUGCUGGACCAAAGCCCAGGAGAGCCACUCUCCACUCUCACUGCAGGACCUGGUGGAGAAGGUGGUGGUGCUGCGGCAGGCGGUGGAGCGUACGCACGGGCAGCAGGCGUCGGCAGUGGGCGCGGCGCUGGCGCAGAAGAUGAGCCAGUAUGCUAACCUGCUAGCCUCGCAGGGCAGCCUGGAGACCGCCCUCUCUUACCUGCCCGAGAACACCAACCAGGAGGUGGUGGAGCGUCUUCGUGAGCGUCUGAGCAGAGCUCUGGGUCACCACCAGGCUGCCCCAGCUGUAGCGGCAGUAGCCCCCCAGGCAGCCCCCUCCGCUGCUGCCGCACCCGUCCAGAACGCCCACCCCCACCCCCACCAACCAGUGCCACCCGCGGCCACUCCGGCGGCGCCAGCCUACGCCUUCAACCCACACUCCGCACAGCAGCCCGCUGUGCCCGCCCCGGCACCUGCCGCGCCCCAGUAUUACCAGCCGGUCAGGUCUGCCUCCACAGUCACUUCCUGGAGUAAUCAAACCCCCACCGCCCUCCCCAGCGCCCCCCGCCCUCCACUAGGCCCCACCCCCCAACCAAAGGUGGAUCCUGGGAUGCCUCCAUUUGGCCAUCAGCCUGCCAUGGCGGCUGUCCCUCCACCGGCCUCCUCAGCUCCAGCCUACGUCUCACAGCAGUACCAGAUGCACCAUGCAGCCUUUCCCCCUGCUCCUCCUCAUUAUAAUCCAGGCGUGGGAGCACCUCCUCCCCCCAUCUACAACCCUCUCCAGUACUCCUCUUCACCUCCUUCUCAUCCUCCUCUUCCUCACUCCUCCUCCUCGCCCUCCUCCUCUCCCUCCUCCGCCUACCCUCCUCACUACAUGCCCCCAGGCGCCCCCUACCCGCCAGGUCCAAUGCCCGCGUACCCCUCCCACCCUCAUCAUCAGCACCAUCAUCAUCCUCAGCAUCCUCCUCCUCAUCAUCAUCUUCAUCCUCACUCGCUCCCCUCUCCUCCCGCGGCCUCAGUGGCUCCUUCUUUCCCCUCUCCUCCUCUGGCCUCCUCUGCUUCCUACAAUGCAUCCGCUGCUGCUGCAUCUCCUCUUCCUCCUCCUCCUCCUCCUCAUGCUCCUCAUGCCGUGGGUGGAGGGUCGUACCAGCAGGGGGGAGGUGCGGGCUCCCCUGUGUCCCCCCUGCCCCCCCCACCACCGCACGGAGCCUCAGGUACUGAACAGAACGCCACACUCCUACUACCCACAUCACCGACACUCCCAGCACCAGACACCCAGCAACAGCACCCAGAUCUGGGGCCUGCCUCACAAAGAACAGGACCUCAGAAUGGAUGGAAUGACCCACCCAACCUGACCAGAGUCCCUAAGAAGAAGAAGGUACAGGAUAACUACACUCCUCCUGCCCCCAUCACGGCCCCCAUCUUCUCUCCUCUAGGGGAGCCACAGCCCCCCGCGGGCCCCCCUCAGCCCUUCCAGCCCGGCAUGCCUCCACAGCAGCAGGCCCCAUACAAUCCCCUCCAGCAGCAGCAGCCUCCGCAGCAGCAGCAGCAGCAGCACCCCCAGAUGCCCGCCACCGGCCCCCCCAGCAUGCCCCACCGGAACGUGGAGGGGGCCCCCGGAGCCCCCACUGGGGCCCUCAUCCAGCCUCCACAGAGGACGGUAGUGGAGAAGGUGAGCAAGAAGCCGAUUCCUGAAGAGCACAUGGUUCUGAAGAACACCUUCGAGGCCGUCGUACAGAAAUGCCUGGCCGCCGCCUCCGACCCGCAAACCAAGAGGAAGCUGGAGCAGGCCAACAAACGGCUGGAGCUGCUCUACGACAAACUCAGGGAGCAGAGCCUGUCGGCGGCCAUCGUGGGCGGUCUGCACAACAUGGCGCGCAGCAUGGAGACGCGUGCGUACGCCGAGGGCCUCUCCAUCCACACGCACAUCGUGACCAGCAGCAACUUCAGCGAGAUCUCCUCCUUCAUGCCCGUGCUCAAGGUGCUGCUCACCGAGGCCAACAAGCUGGGAGUGUGAAACAGGAGGAACUGACACACACACACACACACACACACACACACACACACACACACACAGCAUCUUACCGAGGCCAACAAGUUGGGAGUGUGAAACAGGAGGAACUGAACUGGCAUACACACACACACACACACACACACACACACACACACACACACACACACACACACACACACACACACACACAUACACAACACACACACACACACACAGCAGCUUACCGAGGCCAACAAGCUGGGAGUGUGAACUGACACAUACACAGCAGGAGCACACACACACACACAAGACAUACAUACUGUACGGGAAUACUAUCAACCACACACUCACCUCGUAUGCAGGCAUUUGCGUUCAGAUUCAUCUCUUAGGAGAAAAAGGGUGAAAAUAUAAAGUAAACAUGGGAACACCUGCACACAUGCAUUUACUGUAUGUGUGCACAUGUCACAUACUAUACAAACACUCAUAUGCCACCGCUGUUAAUGCAAAAAAGCAGUCCAAUACACACACACACACACACACACACACACACACACACACACACACACACACACACACACACACACACACACACACACACACUUGCUGCCACUUGAUCUACCAGUGUUAACGUAACCCUAGUCUAAGCCAUGGCAGUCCUGAUGCUCACAGUGCCUGAGCGUCAGGUCUCGGGACCAAGAGUCUGACCGUUUGCCAGUCUUACAAUCCACCGAGAUUUUAUACCACACCUCAGACAUGCGUCUUGUCUGUUUGUAUGUCUUCUUUUACUGUUUUUAUUUUUGUUUGUUUUAUUUUUUUAUUUUUGUUUUUAUUUCCGUUCUCGUUUUUUCAUGUAAUCACGUGAGAGCAGAGUGCAAUGGGGUUCCCACUUGGACAGAUAGAACCCACGCAAACAAACAAACCCACACACACUUCAUGUGGCUGGUGUCGAAUUAGCCAAGGUGCUUUGAGGAGAACGAUGACAUAUGAUUCUAAUUUUGAUGGCAAAGUUCUAAUUAUGAUGCCACAAAGACUCUGUGGAGUUCUAUGGGAGAUGUAGAAUGUUUGAGUGAUGAUGGUGUAUUCCUCAAACAUGUUGAGUUCAUAUCAGAUCCUACCUACUCAGAACCUUCCCUACUUGACUGUGUUCUGAUGGUUGGUGGAGAUCUCCUAACAGGAUCCGGUUUGAAUAUGGUUCCCCAGCAAAGUCUGGAGCUUUCCCUGGUUCCACCCAUGUGUGUUCUUCAGGACCAGAUAACUACCCUACACUCGUUAUCUUAAGCUUUGCAAAAGGUUUCCUGAAUGGCUUGUUAGUAGUAUUGCAGAAUGCUAUAUAGUCUGAAGAAGGCUGCAUGCUUUAAAAUGAAGUACAAGACCCAGUGAGGUUGUUUUGUUUCUCAUUCAGUCACCUUCAAUUUCAUGCCAAAACUCAAGGUGACUGGUAUUAUGGUAGUAAUAAUAAUAAUGAUCUCGCCUUCCAUAUGUAUCGGUCCAUUAAUCCUACUUCAGAUGCAACGCAUAAAACUUCAAGGCUGUAAAAUGUGAUUUCUGAAAGCCUAUUUUAGUCAAAGAAGCAAGAUGACGCUUCGCUUUAUUUUGCAUAUUUAGUUUUAGUUUUUCCUCCCCUUGAGAGACGUCCUACAAUGGGCAACAGAUCCAAAAGAAGCAAAUGUUUUCUGUUUUAUUUAUUGUAAAGAAAUAUAAAAAAAUGUAAUUUGAAAUGUUGCAAAGACCGUGACUUUUUAAUUAUGAAAAAAAAGAAAAAGAAUUGCAAUAUUUUUGAAUAUCAUUGAUCAUGUUGUUCAACAGAAGGGCUGAUAAUUAAAGAAUCCAUGUACUAAUAGU